CGAUGCUACCGAGGACGACCAGGAUUUCUACAUGAAAUUUGCUUAUUCCUUCAAAUAUGUCAGUAUGUUGAAUGCAGUAAUCCAGUUGUUAUAUUUCUUUUUUGCUCUCACCGUUGAUAUUAUGACAAAUUGUUCGUAUACUUUGGAUGCUCCUGCAGGAUGGUUGAAGGCGAGGUCUUUCAUCAGAUCUGCGAUUGCUAUACCGCUUGGGCUGUAUACCUGUGUGACGUUUUGGGUAUUAACUUGGUUCAAUAUAGCAAUGCUGGGAGACGUUGGUUCGAAUUGGAUGCGUCAUAUUCUCUUCACGUCCAAUCCCAUUAUUUUACUAUUCGAUGUUGUCUUUUGUGCUGGGGAAUCUUCCAAAUUUGUCAUCGCACUAAUUGUGAUAAAUACAGAGUGGACAUUUUACUUCAUAUGGCUACAUAUAAUUCAUUACGCCACUGACGUGUGGCCGAUUCCUUUCUUUAAAACUCGUUCGCUCGUGAUAAGAUUGCUAUUAUACGUUGUAGCCGUACUCGAAGAAUUCGCGCUAUUUGUCAUUGGGAAACUCUUAAAUGAUGUUUUGUGGAGUGACGAGUUCGUCGCUCGAAUCCCGUUUUUACGCAGCUAUGUCUCAGCACCUCCUCGUUUCAUAUAUGGAAAUCCGUCUACAGAUUCUGUCAAAUAUGGGAAAGUUUUGAGUGGAACCGAGAGCAUGUUUGUGGACCGACCAGUUAAAAAGAAGAAAACUCUACCCAAAAGAAAUAAAUAAAAACGUGACAUUACGUCCAGAAUUAUAUUGACAGCUCGAAUUCAAAAAACUCAUUUUCACACUAACAAAAGAUCAGAGAAGAAAAAUGACUAAGUCGAAAAAAGGAAUGUCCAAAACCACCAUUAAAAAAUUAAAAAAUA